AAUAAUAAUAAUAAUGAAAAUAACAAUAAUAACGAUAAUAACGAUAAUAACGAUAAUAACGAUAAUAAUAAUAAUGAUAACGAUAAUAAUGAUAAUACAAAUAAUAUCAAUAAUAACAAAAAUAACGAUAAUAAAGAUAAUAACGAUAUUUACAUUAAUAAUAAUAAUAAUAAUAAUAACCAUAAUAAUAAUAAUAAUAUUGAAAAUAAUAUUAAUAAUAAUAAUAAUAACGAUAAUAACGAUAAUAAUAAGUAUAAUAAUUAUAAUAAUAAAAAUAAUAAUAAUAAAAAUAAUAGUAAAAGUAUUAAUAAUAAUAAAAAUAAUAAUAAUAAUACCAAUAAUUACUAUAAUAACGAUUAUAGCGAUAAUGAAGAUAAUAACGAUAAUAACGAUAAUAACGAUAAUGACAAUAGGAAUAACGAUAUUAACGUUAAUGUCGGUAAUAACAAUAAUAACGAUAAUAUCAAUAGUAACUAUAAUAACGAUUAUAACGAUUAUAACGAUAAUAAUAAUAAUAAUAAUAGCGAUAAUAACAAUAUUAACGAAAAUAACGAUAAUGACAUUCGUAAUAACGAUAUUAACGCUAAUUAUGGUAAUAACGAUAAUAACGUUAAUAACAAUAAUAACAAUAUUAACGAUAUUAACGACAAUGGCGAAAAUAAUAAUAAUAAUAACCACAAUAACGAUAAUGACGAUAAUAACGAUAAUAAAGAUAGUAAUAAUAAUAGAAACGAUAAUAACGAUAAUAACUACAAUAACGAUAAUAAAUAUUUUAACAAUAAUAACGAUAAUGAUGACAAAAACGAUAAUAACGAUAAUAACAAUAAUAACUGUAAAAAUGGUAAUAAUGAUAAAAACGAUAAUAACGAUAAACACUAUAAUAACGAUAAAAAC